AUGUCCGUGGUUCACGAACACUGGACUCUUUGUCAUUACGCAGUGAGAGUAACCUACAUCAUAGGCUCAGCAUUAUGUGGAGUUUCUCUGUUGACGAUGGCGGCAAUAAGCGUGGACAGACUUCUCGCCCUGUUGUCGGGGCUGAGAUACAAAGAGAUUGUAACUUUGAAGAGUGUUUAUAUUAUUAUAGCUAGCUUUUGGGUUUUAUGUCUGGUCGCCUCUUUAUGCACCAUUUUCGAUCAGCGUAUAACCGCUUUGUAUACUCGCAUAUUGAUACCACUUUCGCUGCUUAUUUCACUCGUCUCGUACACAAAGAUUUUUCGCACUCUUAGAAAUCGUCAGGGAGAAGAACAUGAUCAACUACAACCGAGCCAACCAAGUGUACUCAACAUGGCGCGAUACAGAAAAGCAGUGCACAGUGCACUGUGGAUACAGUCAGUAUUAGUUGUCUGUUAUACACCAUACCUUGUUGUGGGAAUUGUAGUCACUUAUACUACAACAUAUUCAUCACACUUCGGCGUCGUAUUGGCAAUGGCAACUAUCUUAGUUCACUUUAACUCGACGUUAAACCCGUUCCUAUACUGCUGGAAGAUUAGUGAAGUGAGACGAGCAAUGAAGCAGACAAUCCGACAAGCACUUUGCUGUCCAUGGAGUUAGACCAUCCUCCAGUUAUACAUAAUAAUAUAAGUACUUUUAGUGCAAAGCUGACCGAUAGAGAACGCUUGCCACUUAAAUUUUUCGAAGAUUAAACGUAAGACUCCGUCUUCUCUGCUCAGCCAAAGGCGAAUUUUUACCUGAGAAGACGGAGUUUAAAAUAAUUGUGAAAUACUAAUAGUAUCAAAGAUGUCUGUCUGUACGUUUGACUCUUAAAGCUCAUUUGUUCCUAUUUUGGUCACUUUUCCUUAUGAACUUUCAUCGAUAGGGAGCUAAUCAAGUGUCCAUAUCAGCUGUGUGAAAUUAGGACUUCAAUCAUUAUCAGCCUCGACAAACUGAAAUUACGAAGAUCAAGCUGGAAACUUUAAAUGAUGUAAGAAAAAAUUGGAUUCGUGACAUCUUCUUAUGCAACAAACUAUUAAAAUGUAAAUUAAUUCAAAUAUUAAAGAGAAACUUGAAUCUGAGGGAUUGUUUAUCGUAUUUUAGUUAAAAAACUGAAAUUACAGAUGUCUCUAUUUUUUCCUUUUAUUGCUAUUUCAUCCGUGAGGCACCCUACGGGUUCCAACGGUCGAUCAGCUAAAAAAAAAAGGAUUAUUUUUCGCCUUGUGGAAAAACGAUAUCACAGAUGUCACUCUGUUUGCCUCUUGCAGCUAUUUCAUACAAGAGGCUCGUCAGAGGCGCAGGAAAAAAGAAAUCAACUUUUUGGCACAGCACACAAUUUGCUUACGCACUUUGAAUGAGCAAACGCUGAUGAGGAAGUCUUUAUGUGUUUAUUGAAGGAAGUUUCAGUCAUCGUCGCUCGGCGUGUUCUGUUUAAACGAAUUAUUUUUCGUUGCCAGUUGCCUCAGAACAAGAAAAAGGAAACGAAUACAGAACAAUGUCGACUACAAAGUUCACUGGCGGUAGAACACAGACGAAAACAUUUGAAGAACUGUUAUGCACCCCAUCUUUUGGAGGUGGAUUACAUGAGAUAUUUACUUUUUUUCUCAGCAGUGCACAUUCUCCUCUCCAUCACAGCAUUCCUUACGAAUUCUCUCAUCCUUGUUGCCCUUCAAAAAGAAUCUUCCUUGCAUCCGCCGUCCAAACUCUUGUACCGUUCUCUGGCAACAACUGAUUUGUUGGUUGGUCUUGUUGCCCAGCCUCUCUAUGCUACUUAUUGGAUGUCCUUGGUUCAGGAACACUGGAGCCAUUGUCGAUAUGCAUUUGACGCAGCCUACAUCACGGGCUCUGCAUCGUUUUUAGCGUCUUUGAUGACGAUGGCGGCCAUAGGCAUGGACAGACUUCUCGCCCUGUUGUCGGGACGGAGGUACAAACAAAUUGUAACUUUGAGGCGCACAUAUAUCAUUGUAGCUACCAUCUGGAUUCGAUCUCUUGUCUCUUCUUUUUGCGCUUUU